AUGGGUUCAUAUACCUGGCAGUCUUCGGCAUAUUGCGCCAAGCAGUGCGCUGGGUCGGACUAUUAUGCUAUGACAGGUGGAAAUGUUUGUUACUGUGGUUCUGCUUUACCCUCUACAGGCUCUGGCGCCACCUGUGAUGUGACUUGUGACGGUUUCCCAUCUGACAUGUGUGGUGGUAGUGACACUUAUAACAUCUAUGCUCAGGAUGGUGUUAGUGUGGUGAGUCAGAGUGGCUCGGCCUCUUCAACAGGUGCAGAUGCUUUGUCAUCAUCGACAGUUUCGUCAACGUCAUCUUCGUCGUCUACAUCUUCUUCGUCUGAGUCUGCUUCGGCCGGGAUAACUGGUUCCACGGAAUCCGUAUUGACGACUGUAUUGAACAGUAAAACCGUCGUUACAUCGGUCACCACGGUGAUUUCUUCUGCCACUAAAACAUCUUCUACGGCUACGUCCACAUCGGAUAGUGAGAGUAGUAAGCAGAAUAAGAAGAGCAGUAAAAAAGGUGCCAUUAUAGGUGGCGCCGUAGGUGGUGUGGCCGCUGCUGCUAUCAUUAUAGGUCUAUUGAUCUUCUUUAUUAGAAGAAAACACAACGAGGACUACGAGUCCGGUGACAAUUCAAGCAUGAUGGUGGAUGAUGUGGCAUAUGAAGAGGCUCUCAAAACAAAUAAGAAUCCAUUCGCUUCAGAACAAGAUGACUACGCUAACAAGGUGAUGCUAGGAAGGCGCCGUUUAAGUGAUGGUUCUUUGGCAGAUGCUGCUGACUAUAACAGAAAAGUUCUUCGGGUCGCCAAUCCCGACGAUAUAGACAAGCACUAA